ACAUAUUAUUCUUUUGUCAUUUUAAAGCCAAUAUCAAUGUUGAAAUUAUGUUAUCGUUGGCAGAAGAAAAAAAGUAACGGAUAUUUAAUUUAUGCCAUUUAAUAUUAGCUUCAGUUGAAAUGGAUUUUAUUAAUUCAAAAAUGAGGCGCCGGUUAUGAAUGAUGCGAAUACCAAGUUAUAUAUAUGUUUUGGUCGUCCUCAUCGUACCGGUCAUUUCACACUAUCUUCAAGCAGAUGACCCACUGUACCAUGCCUUCAUACAUUUUGAAAAUAUGGCCAAAGAUGGCUGCAAUAUUGACGUACUUCCGGACAGUAUAGACUGGUGUGACGGGAAGCUUAAUAAGCGCGGGAGAUUGCCUGAUUAUACCGUGUGCCAGUCUAUUUAUAAUGAAGACGUUCAUCUCCUGUGCAGAAACGGGCGAUGGGUACCUUUAAAACAUGGUCGUGCACAAAGAAGCAUCAGUGACGCAUACACUGCAGAAACAAACACUACUUGCACAAGAUUUUGUGUUGAUGACACUUCCGAAUUCUUCGGUAAAUCAGCUCCUUAUUUCGAUUUUUGUCCGUCACCGGUUACACUUUAUCCCGCCGGUAAUGAGUACGGAAAUGAAACAGAAGUCCGGCACACUUGGAACGACCCGCAUGCUCUUGACAAUGACGGACACAUCACAUCUUUAGUACAAAUUGUUGGUCCUGAGACAAAUUCAACAUUUGAAGGGUCGCCAUCACCAGGCACACGUCACGUGAUAUCAUACCUAGCAACGGAUGACGACAAUCUGAGCCGAAUAUGUUCAUUUGCUGUCACUGCUGAAAUUCCAACCUGUCCACCUAUUGUCCACAUCACGAACGGUAACUCUAGUUGCACGAACCGCAACAGUCGCUACAGUGUAUGUUCCUUUUCGUGUAACAAUGGUUACAGCUUGAAUGGUACUGGGAGUGCUGAAUGCCAGGAGAAUGGCACGUGGUCUUAUGGUGACAACAUCCCACAAUGUAUUGCUGUGACGUGUGACGGUCCAAUUGUUGUUAAUGAUACCGACAUUGAAGUUACCUGCAGCAACAGCAGUGAUGGAAAUGAUACUAGCACAGAUUCAGAAUUCGGCAGUGUAUGUUGGAUGCAUUGUCCGAAUGAUUUCUUACUGAUAAACGAUAUUUUACUAGAAAACACCGUACAAGAACUAAAUGACAACGUAGAUCUUCUUAUCCAAAUAGGCGGACUCGCUAAAACAGAAUCAGACAAUGCUCAAGAAGCCGCUGAUACCGCAUUAGCCCUUGCUGCUGAAUUAGACUACAACGCAACCCUUGCAGAAAACUAUACAACUGCUUUAGAAUCAGCAGUUCAAGUUGUCGUUGACGAGCUCAUUGCUCUCAAUAGGACAUACAAUGAAACAGUAUUUGCAAUGGCAGAAAAGCAAUUAGAAUAUGAAAUUGCGAUAGAAGCAGACGCAGAAAAUAUCGACGAUUUACACGCUGAUAUACAUGGGUUAAAUCAAACACUUAUAAAGCUUGAAGUGCAAAUUGCAUCCCUCCAGGUGAAUGUAACUGCUCUCACUGCACAACUAUCGUCUGCCUUAAAUGCCUCAAUAAGCGCAAGAAACGCAGCGGAUCAGGCGUUACUGUUCGCGGACGAAGAACAGGCGAUAGCAGACGAGAAGAAAGCUAUUCAAGAAGAAGCAGCCAUGGAGGCCUCACUUGCUCUAUCAAACUUCAAUAUCCAAACAGCAUAUGCAAGUGUCACUAAUAAUAUUGUUUCGUCGUACGCUAUCUGCACUGCAUCUGGGGAAUGGGAAAUACCUGGAAACCCAUACUGUCUAGAUAUCAAUUCACCGGAAAUCAAGUGCAUUCCUGUUGUCACUCACUAUCUAACUCCUGGACAGACUUCCGGUGUGGUCACGUGGGCGGAACCGGAAGUCAAUGACAACAGUGGAAAUGUUACUGUGUACAAAAUAUCGGGUCCAUCACCGGGUAGCAAUUUGUCACGUGGUCAGCAUACAGUGGCUUAUCGAGCUAUGGACGAAACAGGGAAUUUAUCACCAAUUUGUAACAUAGUGAUUAAUGUUAAUGUAUACAAAUGUGAAGACAUUUCCCCAGCCAUUGAAGACGAGUACGUCAUAGUGACAUGUGACAAUUUCGAACUUGGAACCACGUGUAACCUGGCCUGUUCUGACUACCGCAUGUUUGAGGGUACACCUAAUGUCACAUGUAAACAGAACACCACGACACACCAAAUGUACUGGGAUUUUGUAGAUACGCCAACAUGUACAGUUGAACUUUGUGCAGAACCUAUAGCACCUACAAACGGAGAGGUAGAAUGCUUAACAGGAACGACUGACUUCAACAAUGAUACAACAAGUAACACGACAAUAGACACGGGAAUAACGUGCGUUUUCACGUGUAACGACGGUUAUAUGCUACCGUAUAGAACAGAUAGUGUGUACAAGUGCAGUGAAGAUGGUGUUUGGGAUACUGAAGACUUUCCGACGGCAUGUGUCGAAACAGGAGGGGAACAGAGCACAGAAUAUACCUUUCAGUUACGGUACAAAGUAAACAAUAGUUGCAGUGAAGAAGACGUGGACAAAUUUGCGGACGAUUGGUCCGCCAUUUUGGCAGAGAAAAUGACGUCAUACACUGCAUGUAUGAUGGGAUUUCUGUGUGAUACUGGCGACUCGACACCACCAGAGUGUAGUGAUAUCAAUAAAAUAGUCACGGUGGAGUUCAAAAUUCUAGUCACGUGCGAAGGAGUAGCGACAAGUUUGCCAAUUGAAGAAACGUGUGACCUGCAGAAGGAUAGUGGAUCUUCUCUUGAAAGUGCGAUAACCAAAAGUGUAGAAGUAGAUGGUGUACUUGGUACGGAUAUUGAGCUGCCAGCAGACUGGUUGAAUACAUUGCCGACGUUGAUCCCUCAAUGUCCAUUGGGAGCCGUUCUUGUCGGAUCAUAUUGCUCUCGCUGUGCGGAGGGAUAUUUCUACUCAACGAGUUUAGACAACUGUGUACAGUGUGGCACUGGUUAUUACAGUAACAUCACUGGCAGUGUCAACUGUACCCAGUGUCCAGAAGGAAGCUCUACUAUAAGCACGGGAUCAUCAGAAUGCACGGCCAUUUGUACCCCUGGAAGCUACUCUAGCACAGGGUUGGAGCCAUGUGCUAACUGUAAGACAGGAACGUACCAGUCGAACUGGAACAGAAGCAUGUGCAUCACGUGUGAAGCUAACACGUGGACAACAGGAGAAGGAAGUGACUCAGACCAGGAUUGCGUCGAAUAUGACCUCUAUUUUGAUUCGGACGUAUCUGACUUGCUCUUGACAACAACUGGAAUGAAAGCAAGUGUUGUUUUCUGGAUGAAGUAUUACUACGCCACGCAACUAACGUUUGGAAUAUUUAAUGAUAAUGACGAUCCAGUCUUUCAGCUGGAGGUAUCAGAAAAUCCACAGGUCAUUGAUGGAUGGAACAACGAGCCAUUGGAUGUUACUAUGGAGACAGGCACGUGGACGAUGUUUGGUUUCACGUGGGACGCUACUUCCGGUGAUGAUUAUGAAAUUACCGUGUACAAGGAUGGUGAAAAUGUUCGUCAGAUGAAUAUUUCACAACUGGACAGUGCUGAAAAACUAAAGAUGUCUGUAAACAAUGGAACAUUUCUGUCUAGCCUGAGUGUUUCAAAUAUCACUGUGGAUGCUGUUGAGAUGUCACGACUGUACAAUGCCUGUGCACUGUCACUGUCUGGAGCAUAUUACAUCUUAGAUGAUCUCGCUGUGACCAGGAUUUCCGCCAUGAAAUAUGCCGCAUCGACUUGUAAAGCUUCAAACGCUAGCAGCGAUGCGGACCAUUGCGGCUCUAAUCGUUGUAAAAACAAUGGAAUCUGUGUUCCUAGUACCGCAGGAUACACGUGCAACUGCACAGAACUCUAUGGAGGCCCUUUCUGUGAGGAAGAACUAGUUCACGGUAAUUGGAGCGAAUGGUAUGACGCAGCCGGAUGUUCUGUCACGUGUGGCACUGGUUCCCAGCUGAAGUAUAGGUUCUGUAACAAUCCAGCCAAAAGUCAGUAUGGUGACGACUGCGUAGGAAACAACACUGAAGUGUUUGAUUGUUUUCUUACGAACUGCCCUGCUUGUGAUCCACCGGAAGUUGAAGGUGUAGCCACGUGCAACAUAACAGACGAUGAAUGUGAAGCCACGUGUCCCCCAGGAUACGUAAUGCCACGUGGACAGCAGCAACAAAUGUUCCGGUGUGGCGAGUCGACUAAUUACAACUGGAUUCCAAUGAACAGACUCCCUAUUUGCGCAGAAACCAGAAAACCACAGGGUUACACUGCGACCUUAACCUUCAUAUUUAUUACACCAGUGCCGUGUGAAAAAGUUGAUGCAGUCAAAACCAUAUUGGAAAAUGUGACGUCACAUCAACGAUGUGAAACUGAAAGUUCUUUUUGUGUUUCAAGUAUUGAAAUCACAGAUUGUGCAAAUGGAGGACAGAGACGAAAAAGGGCCACAGACACACAGCUGAUCAUUAAUCUAUUUAUCCCAUUAACAAGCAAUGUGACUUUUGACCUUGCAGAGUACUUCCAGACGUCUAACAUGACAGAGAGUAUUCUGGAAGCUGUGACGGCAAUAUCUGUACUGGAGCAAACUAUUCAGGAUAUUCUGGACAGCCCUGGACGGUAUACAGCGCAAGUAGAUGGCGUAACAUAUACGAUUGUUGAAAAUUCGGUUGUUGUUAUGACAACCAUAAAUUGUAAUACUGGUGAGGUGGCUGUUGGAGCAGUCUGUGCUGAAUGUAAGAAAGGCACAUACGCGGUGGACGGAUGGUGUAUAUAUUGCGACAGUGGAACUUACCAGGCGACAUCCGGUCAAAGCUCGUGCAUUGCGUGUCCGAAUGGAGGGACCACAGCUAACGUUGGAGCUAGAAGUUCGGCUGAAUGUGUAUAUAGUUUGCCUCCAGAAGAACCCAAAGUUACGGAUCUUACAACAAUAAUCGUAAUUGUUGUCGUGGUGGUUCUUGGACUGAUCGUGGUUAUCCUUCUCUCUAUUAUCGCCAGAAGGUUCUAUCGAAACGCCAAGGACCGUGAAAAGUACGACAUGGAGGCAGACCGAAUCUCUUUAUAUACAGACUUCCCCGAUAUAGCGUACAACGUAUAUUUCAAACGCAGACAGGUGCUUGGCUUUGACGAAAAAGGCUAUCCAGUCAUUGGCAAAACCAAAUUCCAAAAUGGACCAGUCAAAAAACCAAAGGUAGGCAAAGUUCCCCCUGAAGAAGCCAAGACUUCAGCGAUUUCAAACCAAGACCCAACAACCGAUCAAGAUGAGCAUGAAGGGCCUUUUAACUACAAUCCUUACGCAUUGUGGGCAGAAGAAACGUUUGUCAAUCCUUAUGAAUACCCACAGGAAGAUACAUUUGACUUCCCUAAAAUAGAGCACGCAGUACGGUACCGUGUACCGGGACGUAAACAUUUUCAGAAUAGUUAUCCAUUAUCUCAGUUCGGAUAUACUGAUAGUGCGCAUGGGCACUCCAGAAAGAAUCUUCCGCUUCCGGUGAAUAUUCCUAUACCGAAGAAAUUACCACAGCUCAUGUAUAGAAAACCCGAUACCAUGUCUUUGGCAGAUGUACUCAAGAGUCAGUUUGGAUUUAAGAAAAUGAAAAAUGAAGAAGAAGAAGGUAUACCAUUUCCCUUUGUAAGUGAAGAAACCCCUGUCCCUCCUUUAUCCCUCAAGAAAAAACCUGGAAAGAAAAUUGUUACGAACGGAAAAGGGCGGAAAUUGUCCACCGUCAGCACAAGCGUACGAUCAACACGGUCUGAUGGCGUCUCCCUACGUGCACAUGGUAAAUCCGCGCGGUCGGCUAAAUUUAAAGCUAGUGCUCUUAUGAUAUCAAAGCUUGCCAACAGAUCACCACGCUCGGCCUCGGCAAUAUCUCCACGAUCUCUCUCUACAGGUUCUCCUUCUCCUCGUCCUGCAACUACACUUGGUCGUUCUCCGAGAGAAAUUGACGAAGAUGCACCUCAUCCGAAACCAUCUAGAUAUGUAGUACCGAAAGAAGGGCCUUUACCAAAGCAUUUACCUUUACCUCCAAAGUCGGCUCUAAAGGUAACGAUUCCGGAUGAACCAAGGCCAGACACAGGCAUGACUACAGGUCGUAAAUCUGUGACAAUUAGAGAGGAUGCAAAUAUAACACGGCCUUCAACGUCGGCGACUGAUUUCCGGCCGUCAACAGCUGGUGCUUCCGGGUGGGCUCAUCCGCGGCCAACAUCAGACGCUGUGUCUGCUAGGGAAACGAUUGUUGCUCCAUACUCGGCAAAACCAAGGUCAGGCUUUAGGACAAUAUCGGAACAAACAAUACCCCUACCGUCGGAGAUCACAGAAGCGUAUCGACCUUCGUCAUCUUUCUACCGACCAGUCACGCCAGCAGAGCAUCCUAAACCAACCCUACACGGCGGUGUAACUGUGAAGCGUUCGUCAGAUCAUGCAAUGUUUUUCCCGCCGACCAAUAUAUCUUUUGAGCAACAGCCGCCAAUAGCGCAUACAAUCCGGCAAAUGCAGCCACCGCCAUUCUUGAACAAAGUGAAACCGAACGUGAAACCGGAAACACGUGUCAGAAGGAACUCUAGUUUAAAGCGAACGCGGUUCGACAUGGGUGAUAAUUCGGAUGAUGUAUCCACUAACGGAUCGUUUUUCCUGACCGAAUUACCAGAAGAGCUUUCAGCAUCCAGGGCGUCUCUAGCCGGAUCUAUUUUAUCAAGAACAAGUAAAUCCUCCAAGAAACCGUCACCGCCACCGGAUUAUAGCUCUUCCGCGAGAGAUAAACUUAUCGAGACAUCUUCAAUGAGAAGUCAGUUCGAUGAAUAAUAGUAAAAUGUUCUCUUUACUUGACAAUACUUUUAUACUAAUUACUAAGUUUCGCUUCUUGGAUUAUAUUGGUUUAUCAAGAAAAACAGAGAGUCAAGUAAAGUGUAUGCUAUUUUCUGUUCUAGAUCAGAACUAGCAACAUAGCUAUCUCCCGAACUAAAGAGAUGUGGCUAAAAAUAGUCUUGCCCUAUAGUCACUGAAUAAACAGUGAUUCGGCUGGUUCUUAUUUUCGACAAAGGAAUGGUAAAAGAAUUCUAGAUAGUCAAACAUUCGUCUCCAUAGUGUUAAAUGAUCGAAAAACAUGACUGCAAGAUUGUCUUUUUCAUCGUAACAGGACAUACUUUUUUUUCAUUCGUUUUAUACUGAACAUUGAAUACCUAUCACUGAGAUUAGUCUCUAUCUGUAGAUAUAGAUUUUAAAGGCCUUUUUAUGGCGAUUUUUAUGACGUGUGUGUUGCACUAAGGUUCUCCCUUGUAGAAAAUCCUCCUGACUGUAGCAUAUGUAACAGUCAGUUCUUUCGUGAAAUUGUCUUACAAUUCAUUAUAGUGAUAAUUUGAUAUUAGCUAGACUUAUAAAGUCUGUUGGGAUUAAAUAUUUCCCAUAUCAUUUCAGAAAAAAAUAUAUCAAUAGGCCAAUUUCAAAAAAAAAAAUCCUGUUUUGGAAAGUUUUAUGGCAGAGUGAUUUACUUUUAAUUGACUCGAUUCAUGCCAAUGUAGGCAUGAGGUAGCAUAUGAUAGUAACACAAAAUUAACGAUUCUUCAAAAAUUCCCGCCAGGGCCCUUUUUUAUUUUGAUAAAAAAAAAGAUAGUUUUGCGAAAUAUGCAGUAUUGUUGCUAUUUCGUCACCUUAGUUCCAGAGUGUUUGAACAGGUCAAAAAUUUGAGUGAUUUAUAUAUUCGUAUGCUGGGAUAUAAUAUGGAAUGUCAAAAUUCUCCCUUAAAGUUCCUUAAGGCUUUAAAUUUUGUGUUAAAAGCAAACGAAAUAGUUGUUUAUUAUGCAUAUUUACAUGUUCAGAAAAACACUAUUUUGAACAUUGCACAAGAACCUGUACAGUUAAACCCAUAAAGGAAGGUAAUCAUGAACAAUUGAUUCGAUAGUAUUUUCUACUAAAUUAACUUGUAUUCAAAACGUUGGCAAAUAUUUGGGAAAACAAUUAUCGAAACUAGUAUUAUUUGGGAAAACAAUAAUCGAAACUAGUAUUUAGUAAGAUAUAGACAUAUUUUUCAUUCAUAACAAAAACAUGUGGGCAGUCACAAUGUAAGCAAAGGCAUUUUGGGCCUUUAAUAUUAAAGUUAUAACAUUGAAUAAAAGUGUCUAAGUGUCCUAAUGAUAUGCAUAACUCAGAAAUGUUAGAAUUGAGCCGAUGAUUUGUUUGCGAAAAGACAUCUCUUGAUCCACCCCCCUUAAUGUUAACAGUACUUGACGAAAUCAUGAAAUUGAUUAAUUGCGUUACACUGAAUUAUUUGCAAAAUCAUUUGAGCCGCGCUAUGAGAAAACCAACAUAGUAUGUUUGCGACCAGCAUGGAUCCAGACCGCAUCCGCGCAGUCUGGUCAGGAUCCAUGCUGUUCGCUUUCAAAGCAUAUUGUAAUUAGAGAAACCGUUAGCGAACAGCAUGGAUCCUGUCAAGACUGCGCGGAUGCGCAGGCUGGUCUGGGUCCAUGCUGGUCGCAAACGCACGCACUAUGUUGGUUUUCUCAUGGCGCGGCUCAUUUACCAUUUACAUCUUUAUAUGAAACAUUUGUAAAUAUCAAACGAUAUGAAUUAUUUAUAAAGAAUGUAAAUAUUUACUGAAAGUAUUAAAUAUUAUGUUUGUUUA